AUGGGUGCAUUGCAAUCCCUUUUGGACGCCCCUAUUGAUGGAUUCCCUACAAAGACUCGGCGAAACUCGAAAUGUUGUUGUCACGCUUGUGGAAUGCAGUUCGAUCGGAAUCAGAAAGAUUCCACGGUCAAUCAGACCCUUUGGGUCCAUGCACACUACUUGGCUGAGCUUUGUGGCAUUUGGCUUGGCAGUCCAGAUCCCAGUCAGCGUAAACAUAUAGAUUCAUCAUCACCUUUCGUCGCAUUCCCGUCCACUACGUUGCCAAAACGUUCCGUAUCCUCGUCCAAACCAUCAGCAGUUGUUUCCACCCUGAUUAAACACACUGAUUUUACCAAGAACGAACGUUCCGCGCUCAAACACGGAUUUUUUUCCACCAUGGAUAUGAACACUGCCGGACUUACGGGCUGUUCUGGUUUGGAAGGUUGCCAUAUUCGAGGCUGCCUGUAUGUGGAACACGGGAGUUUGGUCUUCCAGGCUGCUGACAGUUCACACCAGCUACCGUCAGUAUUAACUAGUCGUAAGGGAGAAUCAUUUGACGCGCCGGGGACCAUUUUUCCGGACAUAAAUGCGCGUUCCCCAUGUGGAAAAGGAGCUCGACGAACUCAAACACGCGGAAGUGACCCGAUCACACCCGGCCCCGAUCUGAAUGAUUACGUACGCUUCCCAUCGAUUCCGCACUCAGUGUACCGCAAAACCCAGCGAAAAUUAUGGGCCUAUUUUCACGAGGGACGUUGUUCAUCCCCGUCUCGACAUCGCGAAAGUGGCUAUUGUACCUGUCGCAGAUGUCGCAGGGAUCCAAAAUCCACGGAGGCAGACAAACCUGUCGAUUUGAAGUGUCCAAACGUGGAUUAUUGUACCACAGAACAGCCAUACUGUAGAUCUUCUACUUUGCGUCGAAGAGAUACGAAUAGUAUCGAUCCAGAUAACGAUCGUCUUCCACCACCACCACUUCGGCUAUCUUGGCCUUUAUGCACGCUCCGCCGAUUCGGAUUUUACGGCAAUACAUUGUUCAAACUGGAAGCUGGUCGUCGGGCUCCUAGAGGUGAAGGGCACUAUUUGUUCCGGAUUCGAAAUUUGCGCGAUUUCAGGCAGUAUUUCGAACACUUCGUCCAUCGUCGUAAAAGUCUGUCUCCUCCAAACUUUCCGUUUGAUCAUACGAUGAAGACUGAUUCAUCGCGUUUGGGAACAAGGUUGGCUCCGACCUCUCGAACAGAGCCCGAACCACAGUGUCCUGAGACCGAGUCCAUCUGUGUCCCUGUAUCCAUUCAGACGUACCCAGUCGGCCGAAACGCCCUUUGUGAUAGUAUACCUCGCUCAUUGAUGUCUGGCUUCCCUGUAGAAAGUGAGGUUGAUCUGAAGCCUUGUCACUCUCAUCUGCUCAGUCCGGAACGUCUAAAACAGAAGGCGAAUUCUUUGACUCAUUCUUCACGAGGAUCAAAAGUUUCACCCAAUUGUUUAGAUUGGGUUCGUCAGCAACAAGAGCAACAACAGAAACAUCAACAGUCACGAAGACUUCAACCGAAUCAACUACAAGCAUCAGAUUCAGAUCAGCACUCACGUCGGUCGGUCGGGUUUCAGAGCUCCUGUCCGCAUUUGUCAUCCACGUUUAUCACUACCACCACCAACACAACAUCCAUUCCCAACAAGCGCUCUGCUCUCUGUGUAGAUUCUGAAACAGAUGAUCUCAUUUCCCUUCCUGAACCUCCCCCACCACCUCUGACCAACUUUCCAUCAUUUGAGGGUGAUAGUUCGACUGACUUAUCAGAAGCUCAAAAACUUUACGAUAACAUCGAUUUGGACUGGCUACGUUUAUCCCGUACCACUUCCGAGCGCCGUCCUGCCGAUCGUAUAGAAGAAACCGGCUCUUCUAGGGAAUGGUCUGCUACCUCCGGAGCAGCUUCCGGACCACGAGGUCGACUGUACACAUCGCGACGUGCGAUGACUGCGUUUGCUUGUUCUAAUCUGUAUCCUAUCCCAUCCAGGCAUCACGAGGAAGAAGAAGCUGAAGAUGAUGAUGCAAUUGGUAAAUCCAUCCAUUCUGUGAAAAUGGAGCCAAUUCGCCAACAGACUUCCAUGUGCCGUGUUCAAACAGAGUCUAGCAAGGAAUCGGCCCCACCAACCUCGUGUUCUCUUCAUUAUCACACAGGAUCGUUUCAGUCUAGCAGCCAAACACUGGUACACGACCGUCGACCAGAAAUGGGUUCACAUCUACGACACACUAGUCUCCCGAAUCCAAUUUCAAUGGACAUCUUGUUUGCCGUGUCUCGUGCUAGUGGCUCCUGUUCUCAGCCAAACGAUGCACAUGAAGCCCUCUCCAAUGUAAAAAAUACCACGUUGAUGGAUCGGUGUGCCGAAGAGAGCCAACAACAUCUGCCUUAUUAUAAUUUAUCCAGUCCUGAAGCUUUAGGCCAACUGCAACAAACGGGACGGUCAUCUCGUUCUGCGUCAAUGCGUAUCGGACAAGUUUUUCCAGAUUACGGCCCUAUCAUUGGAACCAUCGAGUCGGAUAAUCAAAAAUUCUCUUUGAACGACGGAAAUUCGCGGAUCACUUCACUUUGUCAGAGUAGCUUUAAUGUGCAAGACGAUCUGUAUGUUGUUCCAACAUCGACACGGUCGCAAAUGCACAGCUGUGCCGAUUUGAUUACACAGGAAGCGCCAUGUGUCAACGCACGCGUUAUGACCACAGCUCAUCCGGAAAGGACUGAAGCGUUGGUUAGUUUGCACUAUGCGACACUCGAUUUCAGUCCCACGCCUGAUCGAUCUCAGUCUUCCGUAGACUUGCGCGGUACAAAUGCUGUCGUUUGCACAGAAUGCACAAAUGCGCACCCUAUCAAUGAAGCUGGAAAUGUUUGGGAUGGACGAAGUGCGGCGUGUCCUAUGCGUGUCUACGGUACAUUUGUUCAUGACCCGAUGGGUCAUUCAAACAACUCUGGCUCACGGAUACGAUCACUCAGUAGUUCGGGCGCCCCUACCGUCCAUCCAUCCAGUAUGGAUAACACAAAUAAUGAGCUACCCGCGAACUACGUUGCUAUUUGUCAGCUACAAACAUUAGCCAUGCGAGCUGUUUUAAAUGCGACUACUUAA